CCACGAGGCGCGGGCCGGGCGCGCAGUCGGCGGCGGCCAUGGCUCCGAGCGCUCAGGCGGGCCCGGGCCGCGGGCAGGCCCCGGCCGCGGGGAUCCGCCACGGCAUCCGCGCCGUGCUGCUGGGCCCGCCCGGCGCCGGCAAGGGCACGCAGGCCCCGAAGCUGGCCGAGACCUACUGCGUGUGUCACCUGGCUACCGGCGACAUGCUGCGGGCCAUGGUGGCCUCGGGCUCCGAGCUGGGCAAGCGGCUCAAGGAGACGAUGGAUUCGGGGAAGCUGGUGAGCGAUGAGAUGGUGGUGGAGCUGAUUGAGAACAACCUGGACUCCCCUCCCUGCAAGAACGGCUUCCUCCUGGACGGCUUCCCGCGCACAGUGAAACAGGCAGAGAUGCUGGAUGAGCUCCUGGAGAAGAGGAAAGAGAAGCUCGACUCCGUCAUUGAGUUCAGCAUCCCCGACUCGCUGCUGAUCCGGAGGAUCACGGGACGGCUGAUUCACCCAGCGAGCGGCCGCUCGUAUCACGAGGAGUUCAGACCCCCGAAAGAGCACAUGAAGGACGAUGUCACUGGAGAGCCCCUGAUCCGGCGCUCGGACGAUAACGAAACGGCCCUGAAAACGCGGCUCAAGUCCUACCACACCCAGACCUCCCCCCUGGUGUCCUACUACAGCAAGAGAGGGAUCCAUACGGCCGUGGAUGCCUCCCAGUCCCCCGACGUGGUGUUUGCCAGCAUCCUGGCAGCCUUCACCAAAGCAACAUGUAAAGACCUGGUUAUGUUCAUUUAAAGCUCCAUCCCACGAUGGGGUUCUCCUUUUUUUUUUUUUUUUUUUCCUCUCUCUUUCUCUGUUCUGUCUCUCUGGGGCCAAGGAGGGUGAAGAGCUGAGCAGAGUAGAAGGGGAAGGGAUGAGGUGAUGCAGCCCAAGGCAGGGCUGUGCUAAUUCUCUAAUUUAAUUAAACGAGCUGUUAACGGUCUCGAUGUGGCUAUAUGUGAACGUCAGUCUGUGUGUAGAUGUUGGGAUUUUUGGCCUCUAGAGGCCGCAGCGAGCCCAGGCUCCAGCUGCCCGAAAUGGGCUCUGCACUCCUUUGGGUGAAAAAGCCUUUGUUUCAUCCUAGAAAUGCUCCUCUCUGAAAGGAACUGUACUUCCAGCUCCUCCCAGCUACCCCACAGGGGCCUUGGAGAAGGUUGGGGAUGUGGGGGAAGGAUUUCCCACGAGAUGUGAAGCUGCAGGAUUGAAAUCUGGAGUUGCUCUGUUUAUGUGGGAGCAGCCUGAGGGACAGCCUGGCUGCUCCUGGGGCUGGAUGAUGAUGUGUUCUCCUUGUAUGUGUUUUAUUCCCUGUGGGGUAGCAGGUUCCUGUUCUGAUGGCACUUGAUGGGGGGUUUCAACCUUUAUUUAUUUGUGGGAUUUAUAGCAAAUUAGUGAGAUGCUUCUUUUUAAUGUGAAAUCUGUGGUCAGAGUCUGACGGUUACUGUGUGGCAGAUCGGGAUGUCCUGAGGAUAAGAAAAGGACUUGGGUUUUAACUCUUCACUCUUGCCUUGGUUUUGACCAAGGAGAGGAAGAUGCAUUGAGCUUCUCCUGAUCCCAAAGUCUAAAUAUAAUAAAGCCUUAUUGCAAAACAAAUGAUUUCUCAAGGCUCGAGAGACAGCGUUAUUAAGCACUGGCUCCAUGUGCCCUUGAGCUAACGACCUUCACUGAGCUCAUGGAAAUGUUCCUGUUUCUUGAGCAAAGCCAGCAGCUCCAGCAGGCUGUGUUUGAGGACACUGUGUGUGCUCAGAGCCUUUCCAGGGCGUUGUGCUGCUGUGUGGUGACACUGCAGGGCUGGCACUGACCUUUGGCCAUGAGGGAUUCCAGCCCUUCCUAGAGGGCCCUGCUGUAAAUAUGGAUUGGCUCAGAUGAAACUUUGUCCUUUGGCAUUCCAUGUGUGUUUACUGAUUGAAUGUUACUGAGUAUCCUCCUCUCUCUCUCUCUGGGGAUGGCCCUCUCCAUCCUGUGCGCUGAGCUGCUGUGAGCUCUGUGGCCAGAGCAGAUGUUUAAUCCUCAGGAAUCCCUUGCUCUUUUCCUUGAUAACUUCUCUUUUGCCUGACAAUCCCGUCUCUGUCCUCACACAUCCUUUCCAGGGACAGAACCUGUUCCCUUCCAGCAAACUGGAAACCAAAAGCAGUGGCAUUGUUGCUCUAGCAAGCACGUGACUGAGGAGAAAGGCUCUGACAGUAAACAGGGCUGGUUUUGCCAGCAGCCUGUUGUCCCCUGGGACUCCCAGACAGCCCUUGCUGUGUCUCUGGGUUUCCUGUGGAAGGGUAACCUGGAAUUGGUGUGUUGGGUGGUUGGGACAGCAUUUAGAAUAAGACUGCUGUGCCCCAGAGAGUGGGAAAGUGUGUGGGUUACAGCUGCCCUGGCAUCUUGGUGACUAAAGAAGUCGUGUGGAAGCAGCUUUUAUUUUGAGAGCCAAAGGGAGAAAUGCAGCUCCCUACACUCUGGGAAGGGUUCCCAGCCAGUUGGCAUUCCUGGAUUUGGUCAAGGUUUUACUCUACAGCAAGAGCAAGAUGUUCCCCCACUCUUCAUUCCUUUCCUCCCUUGUGCUCUCUUCACAUCCAGCUCACCAGCCUUUGUUUGGUUGUUUUUUUUUUUUUUAACCAUAAACCAUGCUUAAUUUUGUUUGUUUGUUUUUCCCUAAAUAUUUUUUUUUUCUCUCUGUUCCCAUU